AUGAAUCUUACUGUUGGAGAAAAAUUAUCAAUAGCUGGCAAAUCUAUAUCUGAAUUAUCGCAAAAUGUUAUCGGAUGGAGAUAUCGAUGCAAAAGUAAUAAACGAUUGGAUGGACAGUUAGUUGUGAUAACCGGUGCCAACACUGGUAUCGGCAAAGAGACGGCCCGUGAUCUGGCAAAACGUGGAGCAAAAAUAAUUAUUGGAUGUCGUGAUGAGUCCAAAGCUAAUGAAGCGAUCAAUGAUAUCAAACAUAAGAUACCGUUAGCCGACAUAAUUGCUAUGAAAUUGGAUUUAUCAUCAUUGAAGUCGAUCCGCAAGUUUGCCGAAACUUUAGCCAACAAUUAUCACUCAAUUGAUAUACUCAUUAAUAAUGCCGGAGUUGGGAUGCAAGAACACAAACUAACUGAUGACGGAUUUGAGAUGACUUUCGGGACCAACCAUUUGGGUCAUUUUUUGCUAACUUUACUAUUGUUACCAUUGCUCCAAAAAGCACCAAAAGCACGGGUAGUUAAUGUCUCAUCCUAUUUGUAUACCGUUGGGACAAUCAAUUUUGAUGAUAUAAACGGCUUCAAUAAUCAAUACAACGGAUCAUAUGCUUACUGUGAUAGUAAAUUGGCCAACAAUUUGUUUACUUGGGAACUGGCAAAACGUCUGGGACCCGACUCAACGGUAACUACUUAUGCUGUCCAUCCGGGAAGUGUUCGCACAGAAAUACACAGAAAUAGGACAUCAAAUAUUCAGCGCAAACUUAUAGGGCUGUUUGGACUCAUAUUUUUUAUUAGCGCCAAAUCAGGUGCUCAGACAUCCAUCUACUGUGCCGUCGAUGAACGGCUCGACAACGAAACGGGCGGUUACUAUGAGUUAGUAUUUUUUUUUAAUAUUUAG